AUGAACAAGGAUGACAUUCCUUGGAUAUUGGGGAUACAGACAAUGCGAGACUGCGGAGAAGAUGAACUUAUUUGGAAUCCAACAAUUGAUGGGGAGUAUACGGUGGCCAGCGGUUAUCGAAUGAAGCAAAGUGAGAAAGAAGGUGCUGAAACGUCAAACAAAUCGAUAACCAAAGGGUGGUGGACUGCAGUUUGGCAUUCAAAUUUAACUCCAAAAAUAAAGAACUUUAUAUGGAGAGUUUGCCAUAAUUGGGUUCCCUCUAAGACUGAGCUUGCAAAGAGAGGUAUCAAAUUGGAUAGAACUUGUACUGGCUGCUGGAAUCAGAUUGAAACAAUCAGUCACGCUAUAUGGCAAUGUCCUCGGCUUAAGUAUGUUUGGAAAGAGACGGGGCUUUGGCAUCUCUUUCCUAAAAGUCUUGGACUGAUGUCGGAUUUGAUGGAGUUUCUCAUGUUUAUGAAAAACAAAUGCUCUAAUCAGGAUUUUGAAAGAUUUUUGGGCAUGAGUUGGAUGGUGUGGAGCCAACGAAAUAAUCGAAUCUUCCAAAAUAAGAAUCCCCCUCUGAAGAGCUGGACACCUUGGGCUCUUGACUUUGUUAACCAUGCUCUCACAAAGGCCACUGACAUCAAGGAUAAGAAGAGGGAUAAAAGUGUGAUCAGAUGGAAGGCUCCUCCGAAAGGCUCUUUUUUGAUCAACUGUGAUGCAGCACUAAGUCCAGAUCAGAUGGGGAGCGGAAUUGUUGCUGUCAUCAGAGAUUUUAAGGGCAAUUUGGUUGCGGCUGAGGUUAAAUACCAUAAUGGUUAUGUGUCGGUUCUUAUGGCUAAAUGUAUGGCUCUCAGAUUGGGCCUUUAUCUGAGCCACAAGAUGAACACAAAUCCAUUUUACCUCACAUCUGACAAUCUAACUGCUAUCAACCAUCUGCUUUCCAGGAAGGCUUCUCGAACGGAUUGGGGGCUGCAAUUGAAGGAUAUACUCUGUUCUCACUUGUUAGAUGACUGUAUUGAGAUUAGAUAUGUUAGUAGAGAUAGCAAUAGAGUUGCUCAUUCCUUAGCUAGGUGGGCUUUUAAGCUCAAAAGUAAUUCUUUUUGGUCAGAGGUUUUACCCUCUUGUGCUGCUGCCAUUUUAGAUGCAGAGAAGUCUGGCCUUGUGUAG